CCAGCGAAAUAUGAGUGGCUUUCAAAAAAGAAAACUACACUUCGCCUUCUGACUAUAACUCACAAUAAAUAAAGAAUAAAGCGGCCGUAGAGACGCAGCUCCGGCUCUUCGCUCCGCCGCGGCUCUGAAGAGGCUGGUUCGCGGGCAGAGAGGUUCGACCCUCGGCCCGGCUGAGGAGGAAAAGAGGUUCCCCUUUACAGAGGCGGCCACUUUAAGCAGCAAUGAAUAACUCCCUGGACGGGGCCGGCUCCUACGAGGAGCUCGUGAGGCAGAAAGCGCGGAGCAUCCCUCAGCAUCGCAUGAAGGAGUUCCUGGAGUCCUUGGCCAGCAAGGGUCCAGAUGCUCUGCAGGAGUUCAGCCAGUCAAGUGGAGACCCAACAACCACCACCACCACCACUAUGGUCUACCAGCAAGAAGCUAAUUGCAUCUACACAGACAGCACAGAGGUGGCGGGGUCAUUGCUGGAACUGGCCUGCCCGGUCCAGGUGCAGGUCCAGCCACAGCAGCAACAGAUACAGAUACAAGAGUCUCAGCAACAAUCUGUUCAGCAGAAUACAGAGCAACAGAUAGUUCAGGUGCAGAUCCAGGGACAUCAACAAGGUCAGAUGCUGGGUCAGGUUCUCCAAUUGCCCUCUGGUUCACAUCAACAGCUACAGGGUGUGACUACUGCACAGCUGAUUCAGCCUGGGGAUCUCACAGAGGAGCAGCACCAACAACUGCAAGCCCAGUUGGUGGCAGCUGUUGCAGGAGGACAGCAGAUCCAAAUCCAGACAGUGGGGGCCCUCUCACCCACACAACUGCAGGACAAUGCAGAGAGAAGGAUACUGGGAACUACCGUUGCCACAUCCCAGGGAGCAGGUGUCCUCCAGCCAGCCAAGAAGCGUAAGGUGGACAUGCCCAUCACUGUGUCCUAUGCCCUGCCUGGUCAGCAGGUAGCCACAGUCCUGGCUAUCCCUCAGGGACAGGGUCAGCAGCAAAGUUAUGUGUCACUUCGGCCGGACCUCCUGACAGUGGACAGUUCCCAUCUUUACAGUGCCACAGGCACAAUCACCAGUCCUACAGGUGAGACUUGGACAAUCCCUGUGUACUCUGCUCCUGCUGGGCCUGGAGGCCGGGAGCAGGUGACACACAUUGCCAUCCCCCAGGAGGCUUAUGGAACAGUGCAGGUUUCAGGGGCAAACACUACAACAAUGACCACAAUGCCAACACAUGUCACUGUUGAAAGUGACAAGCUGAAAAUCCCUGUCAGUCAGAGUCAGACAGUGCAGGCGGUUUCUAGUAUAACAAGCUCUGGAGGAAUGGGGGGCCAGGAAGAAGUUGUGCACACACUAUCUGCAAACACGCUGUUCCCUGCCCAGCUGAUGAACGGAAACAUUCACAUCCCGGUGUCUGUACAGGGUUAUUCCAAUGCUACUCAGUCCCUCAUCUGGGACCCACAGCAGCAGGUGUUGCACACGCAGGGUCUGUCAGCGCAGGAAGCACAGCAGCUACAGUUGCAGGGUCAGACGGUGGUAGCAGAGGUAGAUGGCCAACAGCAAGUGCAGGUGCAGGAGCUCCUGCUGCCAGCCACGCUGAAGCCUGAAGAGGGGCUAGAAGUAUGGCGACUUUGGGCUCAACGAAAAAAUGCAGAGCUUGAGAAAUCAGACAGUACUAAACUGGCCCCAAUUGGCCGACGUCAGGUACUACGUUUCCAGGAAGACCUGGUGUCAAGUGCAGUCGCUGAGCUCUGCAUGGGUCUCUCUAUGAUGACAACAGACGCUCGGGGACUGGAAGGGGAGACUUUCGACUCUGAUGUUCUCUACUAUGUAUUUCUGUGCAUUCAAAAAUAUCUGUUCGAUAAUGGCCGUGUGGAUGACGUUUUCUCGGAUCAGUACUACACCCGGUUCGCUCACAGGCUGCACCAGAUCCUGGAGCCUUGGAGACCAUCCGUUCAUCCGCUAGGUUACAUUAUACCCAGUCAUGUGACGGAGGAGAUGCUAUGGGAAUGUAAACAGCUGGGAGCUCAUUCACCCUCAACACUGCUCACAACUCUUAUGUUCUUCAACACAAAGUAUUUUCACCUAAAAACAGUGGAUCAGCAUCUAAAAGUUGCCUUUUCUAAGGUGCUCCGGCACACCAGAAAAAGUCCCAACAAUCCUAAAGACAAGAGCACCAGCAUCCGAUACCUCAAGUCAACAGAGAGGUUCAUAGGACAGAAAGUGACAGAUGACAUGUACUCAGAGCAGCUGGAGGACCCAGAUAACCCACUGCGCUGCCCCAUCAAACUCUACGAUUUCUACCUCUUCAAAUGUCCACAGAGUGCUAAAGGUCGCAACGACACCUUCUACCUGACUCCCGAGCCUGUGGUGGCUCCCAACAGCCCCAUCUGGUACUCCACCCAGCCAAUCUCGAAAGAACAGCUGGAGCAGAUGCUCGCCCGCAUCCUCGUCAUCCGCGAUAUCCAGGAAGCCAUUAACAUGUCAGAGAGCAUGCACUAGUGUGACUGGAGGAGAACUGUAAACGGACUCUGACUCUUCCUCUUCACCCAGCCUUUGACUGCUAAUCGAGUAGUUUUCUAUUCUCUCACACCCUCUUGUGGUCUGUAAGGGUGGCAUGUAAUUGUUUAUAAACAUUCAGUGUCCGCAUAUCUUAACCACGGACUGUAAAUACACAUACCAACAUUAUGGAAAAUAAUUUGUCUUAAGGAGGCAAUCGCUCACUCUUUUCCCUUUCGGUUAUGGCCAAAGGAUGUGGCGGCUAAUCAUUUUAUUGGACCUGAACUCUAAUUUAAAUGUAAUUUUAACUCUUGGCUCGACUCACCAAUAGUCUGGAACAAGUAAUUUGUGUGAACUUUCUUUGUAUUUCACUCGUAUGUCUUGAGCUGAGGUCGCACAUGCGGCAGCACUGCAGCUCAUCGGGACUUCACUGUUAAGGACUCUUACUACACAGUGUCAUGAACUUGACCUGCAGCUACUAGCUCUUGCCGCAUGGUGGUGAUGUGGCAGAAGGAGGGUUAAGGUUGAUGACGGCUGCUGGAUCCUCCUCAGCCACUCAUCACCAACCCCAGAACUCAACCUGAAGAGUGAUUCUAUUGUAUCAUACAUGUUUAUUAAAUAAUGAAAGACUCUUAAGAAGCGGGAUAGCCCUUAAUGUUCUAUAAUGUAUUAUACUCAUAGCUCCAUGUACUGUAUAGGGUUUCAGUCAUCUAAGGAGAAUGGCAGUGCCUGUGUGUUUUUGAAACAUGACCUUUUUGUACAGCCACGAUACCAUGUGUCUGCCUUUCUAGCAAGUACAGUAUAUAUUCUGCACAUGCAUCCUGACAUACAAACCGCAUCGUGUGAAAUAUAUAAAGAUGCACAAUGAUUUUCUGAAUAAAAGUCAUCACUUUAUCAGCAA